AUGGUCUCUUCCGACAAAAGUGGUCCCUCCAGAAGGCCGGAUAACAUGGAAAAUGGUCAGUCUUCAAACGUGCUGUCUCCGGAAGCUGAUUCAGAUGACACACAGAUGAAAAGUCCGGCCAGAUCGAGAACGAAUGCGAAUUUAUUGCUCCAGAUUGGAGGUGUACUUGGCACUGGGAGACAUGUAGUAUCGAUUUUGUUAGGAAUUCAUAAGUAG